AUGCCCUUCUCCAAUCUCCCGCCGGAGCUUCUUCUUCUCAUUGGGGAACAUCUAGAAUGGGAGGAAGACCUUCACAAUUUCUGCUUGGUUAACAGGCGUUGUUCCGCCGCUAUCAAUGACCUGCUCUAUCGACGCGUAGUGGAUAACCUUCAUCGAGGUAUCAAAUCCUCAGCGCUAGAAUGGGCAGCAACACACGGAAAGAUCGAUUGUGUGCGGGAGCUCCUCAAAGCUGGUGUUCCUCCAAGCACUGUCUGCCAUCAACCCUGGCAUCCGAUCAUUCUUGCGGCGAAAAAUGGACACCGUGAUGUUCUCCAGUUAUUUUUGGACGCGGGGGUGGAUCCCAAUCCACCCACGGGUUUCUAUCUAGAGCCAGGAAUACCUCACAGAUGGGAGCUAGAGGAGGAGGAGGAGGAAGAAGAUCAAGAAGCACAAGGAGAAGCGGAAGCUGAAGCAGUGGACCGGGAAUUCGCUAGGAUGCAACAAGCAACAGAAGAGCAAGUACAAGAACUGCAGUGGCAAGAGGUACAAGAGGAACAGGAAGAAGACGACAGUGAAGAGGAACACGACCAAUGGGUUCUAGGCAAAACGGGCAACCCACUAACAUUCGCCAUCGCGAAUGGACACGACGAGAUUGUCCACCUCUUAAUCAAUCGUGGGGUUGAAGUGGAAUAUCCGGCUGAUACUGACGAAUUUACACAACCUUUGGCGGUCGCGGCUCAAAAGGGCAACUUGCCAUUAAUUCAAUUUCUGCUCGAAAAAGGAUGCAGUCCCUAUAUCUGUGACGAUCGCAAUAGGAGCGCAUUUGCGUAUGCUGCUGCUCAUCACGGCACCGAGCUACUCCAAGCAUUCAUCGAUGCAGGAGCGGACCCCAGAAUCAAUGAAACUACGUACACUGUGCUGUACGCUGCAGUUGAAGGGGGAAAUACAGCAGGAUUCGAAUACCUCAUCGAACAUGGAGUCGAUCCUGAUGGCCCCCAGGAGAAAGGGCUUCAAGAAUAUCUUUUCAGAGCGACAGUUAAAAGACAUUUUGAGGUAGCCCGGAUCAUUCUCUCGAUGAUUGACAUCGACGACUUCAUCUGUGGUGCAGAGCGCAUGAAAUUCCACGUGUUCUUCCUUUCCGUCGUAAGUUGUGGCUUCAUGGAUGUGGUGGAGCGUUGUCUUGAGAAACGUACCGUUUCGGAUCGUGAUUUCUGGACAACCACGGUGGGUAUGGCACUUCAAUCCUCGGCUCGAGACGGAGACACAAAAAUGUCAGAGCUACUAUUAAACUAUGGGGUGGAUGUCAAUGGUCCAGAAGGUGGUCUAGACACACCACUCUACUACGUUGUUCACUCAAGAAGGGUUCGGCCAAAUUUUAUCGACAUGGUCAAACUCUUGUUAGAUCGAGGGGCUAGCAUGUACAACAUGGGUGUGACACAUUCCUUGUUCAUAACUGCUCUUAUUUUGGGCAAGGUUGAGAUUGCACGGGAACUACUGCGACGGCUUGAUCAAUCGCAGAUUGACGUUGACAUGAGGAGUACGGGCCUUAUUCAAUUCGCUGUGGCUGGGGGCGUACCCGGACUGCAGCUACGAGCAGCCCGAUCAGCAAAUGUCGAGCUUUUGAAAAUCUUCCUUGAUGCAGGAUUCGAUGCGAAUUCCAUCGAUCCAACGCCAGGCCAUGGCAGCAUGCACGUCUUAACGACGGUCCUGACAUGUUCUCGCCAGGACGAUGCAGAGGCAGCGGCUGAGCUGCUAUUGGAACGAGGCGCCGAUAUCGAGGCUCGAAAUGAAUUGACCGACGAGACACCCCUGUUGUUCAUGGCAGGGAGAACGGGGAGUCCACCAAGAUGUCGAAUUCAGGAGCGCGCGGCUCGUUUUCUAUUGAAGAACGGUGCCAACAUGUUCUUCGUCAAUAACCGUGGACAGAGUCCUUUGGCCAAGGCUGCUUGCAAAGGCAAUAUCGGCAUUGUCAAGAUCCUUUUGGAGCACUUGAGCACCAUCCCCCUCGCUUCAAAGGAUUGGGGCGAUACUUUCGUUGGUGCAUAUCACACCGAAUACCGAGACAUCAGAAGAGUCCUAUCUCGGUGGUUUUCGCGGCAGUUAUACCCUCCCUUGCCCUAG